AUGAGUAAGCACCGUCUUCCCGUCUCUGCAACCUUUCCUCCUUACGUCGUCGGCUCUGUGUCCGAUGUGGCAACAUGGCGCGCGUUGGAUGGUGAUGUGAAAGUGCCCUGCGAUGUGGUGGAGCUGCGCGUGGAUGCCUUCCCCGCAGGGGUCGGGGCCGGGGUCUAUUCUCAGACUCAUUGCGCGCGCCCGGUGCUGGUGACGGUGCGCCACGAGAGCGAAGGCGGGCUGCGCCCCAUGCGCGAGGUGGAGCGCGAGACGCUGGCCUCCUACCUCCUGCCCAUCGCCUCGGCGCUGGAUUGGGAAAUUGCCCGCAUGCAUGAGGCAACGGAUUUGCUCCUUGCUGCCAAGGAGGACGGCGUCGGCAUCGACCUGCUGCGCGGGGCGACCGGCCCCAUGGCGGUGAUGGGCAUGGGACCGCUCGGCGCGGCGAGCCGUCUCCUCUACGCCCAGCACGGCAGCAAGCUCGUCUACGGCUAUCUCGGUGAGACCCCCACCGCCCCCGGUCAAUGGUCCGCGGAGCUCUGUCUCAACGCCCUCGUCAGCUUAACUCCUGCCGAAUAA